CCAUUUUCAAACGCCCGAGGGGCCGCCCGCCGCCAGGCCCGAGGGGAGCGGGCGCCGCGUCGGGAUGCGGGCGGAGGGCGGAGGGCCGAGCGGCAGGGCACCGGACCGUGGGUGCGAUUGAAGUCGCUUUCCAGAGACACGAUGAGUUCCGCUGCCGAGAGAAAGUUCAUUAACAUCCGGAAGCGACUGGAUCAACUCGGGUAUCGGCAGCCCCUGAGCGUGGAGUGUUUGCCUCUGGUGGAAAAGCUUUUCAGCGACCUUGUCCAUACAACCGAGAGUCUGCGGAGCACAAAAUUGUCUGCCAGCAAGGCAGAAAAAGAGAAUGCCAAUUGUGAUUUCAUUUUGGAACCAUAUAAGACCGAAAACGCUAGGCUCGUCAGGGAAAAUAAUGACCUACACUUGGAAUUAUUGAAACUGAAAGAAAAAUCAGACCAACACGUUAAAGAUCUGAAGAUCACCUUAAGGAAGAUCGAGCAUGAGACGGCUGAUUUGAAGUUUCUGAACAACCAGUACAUCCACAAAGUUAAGCAGUUGGAGAAGGACAGCAAAGCUAAGACAGAAAAGAUCCAGCAGCUCCAAGAAAAGAAUCUGCAUGCGGUCGUACAAACCCCAGGUGGUAAGAAGAGACCCAUCGCUUUCCGGCGCCAGCGAAUGCACAUCGACCAGCCCGUCCCUCCCUCGGGACUCAGCGCUUACCCCAUCCCUCAGCCAAGCGACCCUUACGUUGCGGACCUCCUGCAAGUGGCCGACAACAGAAUUCAUGAACUUCAACAGGAAGUGUCUCAAUUGCAGGAAAAAUUGGCUGCAUCUGAAAAUGGCGCCAAGCAUUAUGAAAAGCAGAUCGAGCUGAGAGAGCGGGAGAUAGAGCGUCUGGCCACGGCCUUGGAUGGGGGUCGUUCCCAUGAUGUGCUGUCUCUGGAAUCGAGGAAUAAAAGCAACGAGAAGCUCAUCGCCCACUUAAAUCAUCAAGUUGACUUUCUUCAGCAAACUAACCGCGACCUGGAGGAUCGUAUCCAAGACCUGUUGGACUCCAAGCAUACCGUGACUAACGAAGUGGUCAGUUUAAGUAAUAAAAAUGAAGAGCUCUGCCAGGAGUUGUCCGAGAUAGAUCACCUCGCCCAGCAGAUGGAGAGGCACAAAGAAAUUGCCCUGGAAACGGCCGAUAAAGAACUCGGGGAAGCCAAGAAAGAGAUUAAGAGAAAACACAGUGAAAUACAAGACCUUGAAGAAGCAGUGGCAAGGCUUAAAUCUGAGUUGUGCUCGUGUCAGAGAGAGCAAGAGAGAUUGGCUGACGAGCUCCUCAUCGUAACAGAUGAGAAAUCCAAUCUCGAAUCGGUUCUCAAUCAGAUCGAAGACGAAAAGCACAGACUUUCGGAAAAAGUUGAAAAGCUGAUGAUUACGGAAGGAGAAAUCGUCUUAGAAUUAGAGAAAAUGAGGCUGGAAUAUGGUGUCCUGCAUGCCAACAAGACACCGUCGCGCUUGGAUUCAUUUGUAAAGAGUCUAGAAGAGGAUCGGGAUCAUUACAAAAUGGAGCUAGAGCACCUCCAGAAGACCGUCAGGCGGAGAGCCGUUCGGGAGAGGAGCCCAUUCCGAAAAAGUCCAGAAAAGAGUGAUUACAACUCAGAACUCAGGCUGGUCACAAGGGAAAGAGAUGAACUUCAGGCCAUGAUGGACAGAUUUGAAAAGCAUGUGGUGGAAAUUCAGUCCAACGUCAAAUUGUUGACAGCGGAGAGAGACAAGCUGAAUGAUUUAUAUGAGCAAGCACAGGAUGAAUUAAGCGUGCUCCGAAGGGAUGCAGUGUCUCAAGAUGUCCUUUGCCGACUGGAAGAGGAGAAGGAAAAUGCAUUAACUGAUUUAAGAAGACUGAUCAAGGAAAAGGAAUGUUUAAGAGAAAAGUUAAAGAACCAACAGGACUUGACCAUUCUGGGGAAAUCAGAAUUGGAAUACAAGAUUGAAGAGCUGAAAAACACCAAUUAUGAGCUUGAAACGGAAAGGUUUGAUUUGAAGUCUAAAGUCUCCCAGAUGAGAGAGACGAUAGCAUCAUUGGAAGGCGAACUAAAGGUCCAGUCACAGAAACGCGCCCAAGCUUCCGAAGACUCGUCUCAACAGCAGACGGAGCUGAACUCACUUCGGCUCCUCAAUGACCAGCUCCAGCGCUCCCUUGAUGACUUCCAGCACCGCCUGUCCGUGAAGAGGGACAAGCUCCAGUCGGCCCAGGCCCAGAUCGCCGCCCUGGAAGACAGAAUAGAUACGUUCAACCGAAAGAUCACCUGCCAAGACGAGGAAGUGAAUACGCUCAAGAGGGCCGUCUGUGUCCUGGACAGGGAAAAGGAUCAUCUGCAGGAGACGGUGGAUGAGAAGACCGAGAGGCUCGCGUGUUUAGAUGAUAACUUAGCCAACAAGGAAAAAGCCAUCGCCCACCUCAAACUGACCCUGACGGAGCUGGAGUCGGCCGCAGACCGCCUGAAGGACACCUUGAGUAACCGGGACCGGGAAGUGGCCUCCCUUCACCGCCAGCUUGACACCGUCCACCUGGAGCUCGGAGAGCAAGAGCGAUCCAAGGAGGUGGCUGUUAAGGAAAUCAGGAGAUUGCAGGACGAUCUGGCCACCAUGACCAGAGAAAACCAGGCCAUCACAGCUGAACUGGAAGCAGCAGUGCGGGAAAAAGAAGAAAUGAAAAGCAGAGUUCAUAAUUACAUAACGGAAGUGUCCAGAUUCGAAAGCCUAAUAGCUACGAAGGAGCAAGAAAACCGGGACCUGCUAGAUAAAUUUCAGAUGCUUCACAGCCAAGCUGAAGACUGGGAGGUCAAGGCCCAUCACGCCGAGGGAGAAAGCAGUUCAAUCCGACUUGAACUCCUCUCCGUCGACACGGAUAGGAGGCACCUGAGAGAGAGAGUGGAGUUCCUGGAGAAGGAGAUUCAGGAGCACAUGAGUGCUCAUCAAGCGUAUGAGUCUCAGAUCUCCUCCGCGGCCAAAGCCAAAGCCAGGCUGGAGGAAGAACUCCGGCGAGAGAAAGACGAGAAGUCGUCCGCGCUGGCCGACCUGUCGUCGGUCCGAGAACUCUGCAUUAAACUUGAUUCCAGCAAAGAGGUCGUUGCGCGGCAGUUCGCCUCCAAAAACAUCGAGUUCGAAAGGGUCCUGGCAGAACUAGACGAUGCGAGGACGGAGUCAGAGCUGCUGAAGAAGCAAUUAUCCAGCGAGAGGCUUUCGGUUAAAAACCUCGAAACCUUGUUAGCUACCAACAGAGACAAAGAGUUCCAUAACCACUUAACCUCCCAUGAGAAGGAUUCCGAAAUUCAGCUUCUUAAAGACAAGUUGACACUUUCAGAGAGCAAACUAACCAGUCAUAAUCGAGAGACCGCCAUGCUCCGAACUAAAGUUGCCCAGCUGCAAACUGACUAUGAUGUUUUGAAAAGGCAACUGACAACUGAAAGGUUUGAACGAGAUGGGGUCUUCAAGGAACAGGGAAGCUGGAUCUUUGAUAUGACAAAGAAUGAACUGAUUGGGAAGUACUUAUUUCUGAAAAUCAUGAAGGUUGACACGAAUUCUACCUCUUGUCUAAGUUUUCCUCAAAUCAGUGACUGUGUGCUGUUUACUUUUCAAAACUCGUAUAUGCAUGUCCUGACGUUCGAUGUUUCUUUCAUCUGUAGUCCGUGGCAGAAACCGCUCGGUGUGGUUGUGGAGUGGCGGAUUUCUCCAGCUCCUUUUGCUGUGAUUUGUCUCCAGAGAGCUCAUUACCAUAGUAGAAGAGGAGCAUUAAAGAGUCUUAAUUUCUACUGGCCCCGACAAGCUUAAAAAAUGCACCCUCACCUUCACAGAAGUACAAUUCCUGCCACAUUUUAAAUGAUAAUAAAGAAUAACAAUUGCGGAA